CACACACUCACGCACACCUGUGUAGCUUAUGAUGGAGUCUGCCAUUGGCGUGCUGCUGUCCCAGUUCAAGAUGUAUGCUGGCAGUGACGGAUCAUCCGACACUCUGAGUAGAGACGAGUUUCGUAAACUUGUUAAAUCAGAGCUCUCCAACUUUGUUAAGGAUGCCGGAGACCCUGGUGUCGUUGACCAGCUUAUGAGCUCAUUGGACAAGAACAAUGAUGGAGAGCUCAGUUUCCUGGAGUUCUGGCAGCUGAUUGGCCAGCUUGCAUGCAAGCGUGGAGGAUACAGCCAAUAAAGAGUCCUCGGUUACUCACGCUUCAGUUCCAACUAAAUUGUCAGUAUGCCAUGUAAGAAAAAAAAAUAAAGAAAAAAGAAGAGUGAGAUCAGUGAAAUGGAAACAACCUCGUCUGCUUCAGCUGCAGAGAGCCGCCUUCUCCAUUCCUCCUCUGCUCGUCUCCUACCAGAAGCUCCCUAACAGGAUCAAACUUUGUAAGAGAACACUUCUGAAUUAUUACAGCAAUAGCAGAACCAGCCCCUAACCAUGCCCCAAUAUAAACGCGCUCACAUGGCUGUGUGUGCGCACAAUGGGAAUGCGUUGCCUGGAAGAAAAAGAAAAGUGGCUGUUUCAGCGCUUUUGGUUGCUCUUAUUCCUGGAAGACAUCCGCGUCCUCCAGGAGGCAAACCAAGGUGUGGCAUUGGAAAAACGAGCAAGAUUUGAUCUUUCAACGGAGACAGAAUAAAAGUAAAGCAAAAUAAAAUAAAUAAUAAAAUAAAAUAUCUGUGUUCACUGCUGCUUUGGACUUCGUCACUUUGUUCCUAUCAACUUAACACUGUUUUUCUAUUCAUCUGACAAGUUUCAGGGUGUGGCUUGAACACAUCUGUCUGCAGAGCCUGGAACGCACGCGCUUUUACUGCGAACUUGAGCGCGCACUGACAAGAGAAACUGAGAAAAUAUCAGACGUGCAUGUUGAAGUGUAAAAUACAGAGAAAGAACAUACCCGUUAUAACAAAACAACAUGCAAUGCCUCAAAACAUUGAAGAGAUAUUCUCUUCAAGGAUCUGCCCUAUAUUUAUGCAACAUGACAACCUUU